AUGAUAUUCUGUUUCUUUCAUUUUUUUUAUUUCCAGACACAAACUAACGGCGUCAUCACACCCCAAAGGGCGAGACACAUUGAGUUGAAACGUACCCAGAAAACAGAGACCACACAUCAACAGAAUGGCACUGUCGUUUUAUACUAUGUGUCUGUUAGCCAUUUUUGCAAUGUUUCCCUGUUAACCAAGCAUGUCUGUCUGUCUUAUCUAUCUAUCUUUCUUCAUAUAUGCCUGUUACCAUGUCAACCAAGCCUAUCUCGUAGACGAGGAAGUCCCCUCUCUUUCUCUCCCUCUAGUUUUACGUCGUUCUUUUUUAUACAAUUCUUAAUUCAUCCAUAUCUCUUAAACUCUGGUUACAUCUAUCUAUCUAUCUAUCUAUCUAUCUAUCUAUCUAUCUAUCUAUCUAUCUAUUUUUACGUCGUUCUUUUUUAUACAACUCUUAAUUUGUCCAUAUCUCUGAAACUCUGGUUACAUCUAUCUAUCUAUCUAUCUAUCUAUCUAUCUAUCUAUCUAUCUAUCUAUCUAUCUAUCUAUCUAUCUAUCUAUGUUCUUUCCUUUCUCAUCAUUAUCUAUCUAUCUAUCUAUCUAUCUCUACACAACUAUCUAUCUAUCUAUCUAUCUAUCUAUCUAUCUAUCUAUCUAUCUAUCUAUCCGUGCCUGUUCAUAUCUAUCUAUCUAUCUAUCUAUCUAUCUAUCUAUCUAUCUAUCUAUCUAUCUAUCUCUGCACAACUAUUUACCUGCCUAUCUGUUUAUCUAUCUAUCUCAAUCUGUUCAUUAUCUAUCUAUCUAUCUAUCUAUCUAUCUAUCUAUCCGUUUCUUCAUAUCUAUCAUCAUUAUCUAUCUUUCAGUCUCUUAAUAUCUAUCUAUCUUUCUUUACACAACUAUCUAUCUAUCUAUCUAUCUAUCUAUCUAUCUAUCUAUCUAUCUAUCUAUCUAUCUAUCUCUACACAUCUAUCUAUCUCUACACAACUAUUUACCUACCUAUCUGUUUAUCUAUCUAUCUCAAUCUGUUCAUUAUCUAUCUAUCUAUCUAUCUAUCUAUCUAUCUAUCCGUUUUUUCAUAUCUAUCAGUCUCAUCAUUAUCUAUCUAUCUAUCUAUCUAUCAGUCUCAUCAUUAUCUAUCUAUCUAUCUUUCAGUCUCUUCAUAUCUAUCUAUCUAUCUAUCUAUCUAUCUAUCUCUACACAACUAUUUACCUACCUAUCUGUUUAUCUAUCUAUUCAAUCUGUUCAUUAUCUAUCUAUCUAUCUAUCUAUCUAUCCGUUUUUUCAUAUCUAUCAGUCUCAUCAUUAUCUAUCUAUCUAUCUUUCAGUCUCUUCAUAUCUAUCUAUCUAUCUAUCUAUCUAUCUAUCUAUCUAUCUCUCUAUCCGUUUUUUCAUAUCUAUCAGUCUCAUCAUUAUCUAUCUAUCUAUCUUUCAGUCUCUUCAUAUCUAUCUAUCUAUCUAUCUAUCUAUCUAUCUAUCUAUCUAUCUAUCAGUCUCUUCAUAUCUAUCUAUCUAUCUAUCUAUCUAUCUCUCUAUCCGAUUUUUCAUAUCUAUCAGUCUCAUCAUUAUCUAUCUAUCUAUCUUUCAGUCUCUUCAUAUUUAUCUAUCUAUCUAUCUAUCUAUCUUUCAGUCUCUUCAUAUCUAUCUAUCUAUCUAUCUAUCUAUCUAUCUAUCUAUCUAUCUAUCUAUCAGUCUCUUAUCUAUCUCUCUAUCCAUAUCUAUCUAUCUAUCUACUUCUUGUCUCUUGACAUCUAUGCAUUUAUAUAUCUGCAAGAGCAAUCAUUGUGCAAGAAACAAUUGUCCCAGCAACUAGCCUACAGAACUUCUGAUUUUUAUUCCCAAAGCGCCGACCUUUGUUAUCGACUAUUUCUUAAACUGAGCCGGAAAUACGAUCGUUGUCAGAAAGCCAUUUGUCCCUGCAACAAGCAUUCAGAAAUUCAGAUUUGUAUUCCCAAAGCACCGACCUUUGUUAUCGACCAUUUCUUAAACACACAAACUAACGGCGUCAUCACACCCCAAAGGGCGAGACACAUUGAGUUGAAACGUACCCAGAAAACAGAGACCAUACAUCAACAGAAUGGCACUGUGUAUCUUAUUCUCUUACACUUUCGUUUUAUCUAUCUAUCUAUCAAUCUAUCUAUCGAUCUAUCUAUCUAUCUACUUCCUUUUUUUCACAUCUAUUUAUGUAUCUCUCUCUACACAUCUAUCUAUCUAUCUAUCUAUCUAUCUAUCUAUGAUUUUCUCUUUCCACCUAGUCCUCGUUCAUAUCUCAGUCCGUUUCUCUCUCUUCCAUUCGUUCUAUCUAUCUAUAUAAAUAUCUAUCUAUCUAGCUAUCUAUCAAUCUAUCUAUCUACUUCUUGUUUUUCACAUCUAUUUAUGUACCUCUCUCUACACAUCUAUCUAUCGAUCUAUGAUUUUUUUUUCUUUCCACAUAUUCCUCGUUCUUAUCUCAGUCCGUUUCUCUCUCUUCCAUUCGUUUUUCCCUGUUAUUCUAUUCUUAUCACUUCCCCACACACUCUAUCUAUCUAUCUAUCUAUCUAUCUAUCUAUCUAUCUAUCUAUCUAUCUAUGCCAGAAUAGAAAGAAUAUCUUUUUAUAUGUCAGUCUGUAUCUCUAUCUAUCUAUCUAUCUAUCUAUCUAUCUAUCUCUGUUUCUGUCUGUCUCUAUCUCUCUCUCUCUCUCUCUCUCUCUCUCUAUCUAUCUAUCUAUCUAUCUCUGUUUCUGUCUGUCUGUCUCUCUCUCUGUAUCUAUCUAUCUAUCUAUGUUUCUGUCUGUCUGUCUGUCUGUCUCUCUCUCUCUCUCUCUCUCUCUCUAUCUAUCUAUCUAUCUAUCUAUCUAUCUAUCUUUUUGUCCACAUCCCUCCAUCUCUCGAAAUAUCUAUCUUAUCUCUUUCCAUAUCAUACACUCCCAUUUGUAUUUCUGUAUGUCACUCUCUCUCUCUCUCUCUCUCUCUCUCUCUGUCAGUAGCUCCUCUCUCUCUCUCUCUCUCCUACAUUCUCUCUAUCUAUUCUUGCGCAGUUUCAUUAAGAUCUUUCUAAUUCUGCCCAUUCACCUUACACUUUGGUUUUAUCUAUCUAUCUAUCUAUCUAUCUACUUCUUGUUUUUCACAUCUAUUUAUGUAUCUCUCUCUACACAUCUAUCCAUAUAUCUAUUACAGUCAUCUAUCUAUCUAUCUAUCUAUCUAUCUAAUUCUGUUCAUAUCUAUCUAUCUAUCUAUCUACUUCUUCAUGUCAGUCUGUCUGUCUAUAUCAUUCCAUUCUCAUCACUCUCCCACACACAUUCUCUAUCUCUCUUUAUCUAUCUAUCUAUCUAUCUAUCUAUCUAUCUAUCUAUCUAUCUAUCUCAUGUCCGUCUGUCUGUCUGUCUAUCUAUCUAUCUAUCUAUCUAUCUAUCUAUCUUCAUAAUUACGAGGAAUCCCCGCUCUUUUUCUCCCCCUAGGUUUACUUUCUUUUUUAAUACAUCUUUUAAUUUGUCGACAUCUCUGAAACUCUGGUUACAUCUAUCUAUCUAUCUAUCUAUCUAUCUAUCUAUCUAUCUAUCUAUCUAUCUAUGCCAAAAUAGAAAGAAUAUCUUUUUAGAAUAA